CUUUAAUAGAAAUGAAUGUCGUUGAUUUGAGUCAAUAUAUUACAAUGAUUUCUGAAGGAUCAUGUGACGCUGGAGAAAUGAUGCUGAUGGUCAUGUACUUACAAAUUCACUUCCUUAGGUUUAUAGUGUUUUUAUGAUUAGUAAAGUAAUUUAGUUUCCACUUUUUCCAUUCUUUUUUUUCCAUUUAUUUAAAUAGUAGACUGGUUUCGUGAAUUAAAUACUUUCCCUUUCACCGGGUGAUAAUAUUCAUCCUCAAGCUUUAGCUUUGCACGUUUUUAGACACUUUGAAACAUUUUAUCAUGUGUUUUGACGUGUUCAUAAAUCCACUGAAAGUUUGUUUAAUGUCUAAGUAGAUAUUUGACUUUUGAAGUCAAUAUUUUGAACAUUUAGCUUGCUGUUUGUACGUUCAGAGCACUUUUCUGUUGGCAGAACCAUUGGCAAAUGGCAGCUGUUUGCCAGUUCUUCAUGCUAACUAAAGAUUUAUCUUUGUUCAGUGGCAACCAAAAUUUCUCAUGUUUAAGUAUUGUGAAGUGUCUAUCUGUCUGUCUGUCUAUCCUCAGUUCUACCUGCUGAAAAUGGUAGAAACAUCAGGUAGUUCUUCUUCGGCUCAGAGAUUACGUAAUAGACAGGACAGAAGAAAGUGGAGGUAAAGAGAGCCAAAGAGGAUGACAUAGAAUAUUAAAGCUAGAGAAUGAGAGAUCUUUGAGCCUGUAGUCUGGCUCUGAUUGAAUCCAGCUCUACUGCAUGUACUCAUGGUCAAUGGGUUGGGUCAGUGCGACUGUGUGUGUGUGUGUGUGUGUGUGUGUGUGUGUGUGUGUGUGUGUGGAUAACUUUUACCAAACAUGGUCACACAGUGCAUCUGAGGCUUACUGAAAUCUCCCCUGGUACCCUCACACACACAACACUACAUAUCAUACAUCUGCAGAACUGCUGUCUGUGACAUUUUGUAUGCCUCACACCAAGCUCAAGCAUGUACUUAAUGUACUUUUCACUUUGCUAUUACCUGCCAGAGAUGGUUUCAUGACUUGUUUUCAGAGCGUGUGCAGUAUACGUUUACUGUAUAUGCAAAGAAAAACGAUAUUAAAUCCAAUGAACGGCGCAGAUAUAAAACAAAAUUAUGUUCACACGCAACUCCAGGAGUUAAAAUAAAACUGAACUCGCAUAUUCAUCUUGAAGUUGUUCCCAGAUGUAGAUUUGCAUUCCAGACACACUAUGAUCUUUAUAUAGUUACAUUUAUGAGGCAUUAAAGUUGUUUGAGGGUCUUAUUUGUCUUUUCUAAUCAGUGUUAUACAGAACAUCAAGCAGAUUUACGAUGGCAUUUGAUUGUUUACAAUAGUCGUCAGUACAUUUUGGUUGGUGGGUUCAGGAUACGAAUGACUACUGUGUGCUGAAAACCUGCCUGUGGCUGUGAGAUCUCCUACCGAAUUCCUCUAAGCUUUGUAGGUCGAAUGAGCCAUCGACCAUAAAUAGGCAGACAGACCUAUCCUAGAAAGGAGAGAGGGAAGCAGGGAGGGCAGGAAAAUCUCUGGAACCGGCGCUUUCAGAAGCUGUUGUAACUUUUCUGUUGUUCUCACAGUUUCGCCAUCCUUCUUGACUUUUUUUCUCUGGCCCGUGUGAGUCCAUAAACAUGAACACAUAUACAACCAUCUCCUGCGUCUGAUGCUGAUGAGUGCCAAAUGCUCAUUCACAUAAAACUGCAGCUGUUUGCUUUUUUACAAUCAGUGUUGUGAGCUUUUCCUUUGGUCUUUUUCUUCUGGAGUAACUGUUUUUUCCCCCUUGGGCUAGAGUUUUUCUUCAAAAUCUCUAAGCAAAGAUCACAGUUUCAAGUAAGUCCUUUCAAGAUAUCCAUGAACUGUACAGUUCAUUGUAAAGCCAUGUAGAAAAUACCCAGAACAUCUUGGCAACACUAGCAUCUGACAAGCAACCACUUAGAACAUCUUAGCCUAACAAUUCUAACAAUGCCUUAGUAACCACCAGCUUUGCGAAACCUCUAGCAACUGCCUAACAACAACUUGGUAACCACCAGAACACUUUAGAAGCUCUUUAGCAAUGCUUUAGUACCAGAACACCUUCACGAACCUCUAUCAACUGCAUAUAAACACCUUAGUAACAACGAGAACACUUCAGAAACUACUCCAAAAAUGGCAUUUUAUCCCCAAAACUUCAUUAGCAAAUGCCUAGCUACAACCUAGUAACCACCAGAACGCUUUAUAAAUCCUAUAGCAACUGCUUAGCAACACCUUAGUAACCACCAGCUUCACAAAACUCUAGCAACUGCCUAGCAACAUCUUAGUAAUCACCAGAACACUCUAGAAACCAUCUAGCAACUACCUAACAACCUUCCGUCAACUGCCUAGAAAUGCCUUAGUGACCACCCGAACAUUUUAGAAACCCUCUAUCGACUAGCUAGCAACACCUUAGUUACCACCAGAACACUUCAGAAUCCCUCUAGCAACUCUAACAAUUCAGAAGAAGUCCACAGCUGGCUAGAAAUGUGAAAAACGUGAACACUUUAGUAACCCUUUACCUGGAGUCAAGCAACCAUUUAAAACAUCUUAGUAACUAGCAAUCGGUUGCCAGGUCUUUGUAAGAAAACCAGUGCAAUUGCUACUCAAAACUUUUGUAGGAAACCAGCUGACUUGGCAACACAGGGAGCAAUGCUUCGGUAAACUCUUAGCAACUCUCUAGCAACUGUCUCCUAACACCUUAGUAACCACACGAACACCUUAGCAACCCUCUUGCAAGAACUAUUUUUGUUUGUGUCUUUUAUUUGCUUAUCUUCAUUACAUUUGUUUGACAGAGCAGUGAAGGAUUCGCACCUUCACUGUCAUACUCGUUGGGUAAGUUAUUAUGGAUGAAGGGUGAAAAAAACCCUGUUAACACAGAACAGAUUUCCAGAGCAUCUAAAAAGGGAUACCGCCAGUUAAAUGACACCAGCAUUACAGAAUCAUGUAUUCAGAUAUAUAGCGAUGGAAGUGUUUUGGACUCAUCUAGCGUGUGCUUGGUGAAAUCCAGCUGAACGUGAAGUCCUCUCAUGAGGUUGUGAAUGUCAGAGCUGUGCAGCAUGAGCACCUCUUCGUCUUGACCCUCAUAGCAGGGUGAUAGUCUGCCUCAGUCAUGACCAAAUAAAGCGUCCGAAUUCCUCCCCUGCUCUUUUUCAACCCCUAGAAUGUUUACAAGAACGUUGGAUCAGGCUGCGCUCCGACUGACUCUCUGACUGGGACUCUGCUACUGUAUGUGAGCAUCACACAGCCGCUUUUAGAGGAGUUUGUGAAUCUGCGGUCAGAUAAGGAUUACAGUGCUGGAUAAAGAGCACCUUUGUAAAUGUUAGCACAAUCAUUCAGACCCUGUCCUUUCAUAUCAGCGCUUUCAUAACCAUUACUUUAUGUGACAUUUUUACUGAGAUUUGUUAUGAAACAUUUUAGAUCCAAGGCUGUGCUUCUGUGGUUUUGAUCGAGCACUUAGAGUAUCUGUCAAACAUUCCCUCUCGUGGAUGCACUAAAAGUACAUCCAAACCAACAUAUUACUGAAACCCAAUCAAACAUAACAGAGCGUGAGCAAAUAACAUGAAAACUGAUUAUACAUUGGAAUAGUGACAUCAUGCUUAGUUCCUAUGUGCGAUCUCACGAUGACAUCAUAGUCCUGCUGAAGGAUCAGGAGGUUUUACCAGCGUAUGUCUCUGACUGGACGACACACUCCUGGCCCCACAUUCCUACGACUUGUCAUCUGUAUCAGAAUAACACAGUGAGAUGAAAAAAGAAAAUCAGCUCAUCUGCAUCAAGACAUAUUUGGACUUGAUGCCCACUGUAAAGUCUAAAACAAAAACCAGCUGAGACUCCCUGAACUACACAAAUCAGAGGCAUCCCUAAUUCACUUCAAAGUGGAAAAAGUGACAUGGGACGCGUUUAAUGCCAUGCCGGUGACAUCAUUCUAACAGAGCGGCGUGACGUCGCAAUUGGACGUCGGCCCCGGCCAAUCAGCGCUCGCUCCGCGCACGCACAGAUGGGAAGAGUUUAAAAAAGAUUGUGGAAAAGAAGAUGUGGCCCAAACCUUCCCACAUGAUCGGACAGUUGGACCGGAGGUUCCAGAUCUAACGUUACAUCGCCUUCCUCGCGUCUGAGUCUGUUGAAAGCGCAAUGACAUCGCAGUUCAAGAGCGGACCCGCUUUUGGGCUGUCCGCCGAGGUCAAGAGCAAGCUGGCCCACAAAUAUGACCCGCAAAAGGAGGAGGAGCUACGAAUGUGGAUCAAUGAGGUCACAGGCCGCAAACUUCCCGAGAACUUCAUGGAGGGACUGAAAGACGGCGUUGUGCUCUGCGAGCUUAUCAACAUUCUUCAGCCCGGUUCUGUAAAAAAGAUCAACAAUUCUCCUCAAAACUGGCACCAGCUGGAAAACAUUGGUAAUUUCGUCCGAGCCAUUCAAGAGUAUGGACUGAAGCCGCAUGAUAUAUUUGAAGCCAACGACCUGUUCGAGAACGUCAACCACACUCAGGUUCAGUGCACACUUAUUGCACUGGCUGGGAUGGCGAAAUCUAAAGGCUUCCAUUCGAAAUACGACAUCGGAGUAAAAUAUGCAGAAAAACAACAACGCAAAUUUGCUCCUGAGAAACUUAAGGAGGGACGCAAUGUUAUUGGUCUGCAGAUGGGCACCAAUAAGUUUGCCAGCCAAAAGGGCAUGACAUCUUACGGCACACGGCGUCACCUCUAUGACCCGAAGACGGGCAUGGAGAGUCCUCUGGACCAAUCAACAAUCAGCCUGCAGAUGGGCACCAACAAAGGAGCCAGUCAGUCCGGCAUGACGGCCCCCGGCACCAAGCGGCAGAUCUUCGAUAAGAAGCUGGACAUGGAGAUGUGCGACACGUCUACCGUGUCGCUGCAGAUGGGCACCAAUAAAGUGGCGUCCCAGACCGGCAUGACGGUGUACGGCCUGCCCCGUCAGGUGUACGACAGCAAGUACUGCUCCAGCCCCAACGACUACAUCAACAACGGCCAGGACUCAGAGAUGGAUGGAUAUCAGUACUCCGACUAGGAUGAACGGACCGCUGCCUGCCAGCACACCGCUUUACAAAAACUCACCCGCACUAUUUUUAUAUUUCAAGUUGAUGUCGACCAGCAGGACCAGCUUGAACUGUUUCCUGGCGUCACAGCCACCGAUCGACGCCGACUUCGGUGACCGGCCGAUCGUAGAAAACAAACUUAGGAGGAAUGCCUUUGGCUUUUUUGUUUUUUUACACACAGGCUUUACGUGCUUCUCACUUACGUCAUUUUAUUAUUAUUAUUUUAGUUUUAUUAUUAUUUUUGAGCGUGCCAUUUUCACAUCUCCUGCACGGCCUAAUGAAAAAAAUAAUGCAGACGAUAAACAUGGAGAUAAUAUUUAUGAUGCUUAGUAGUUACAUAUACACUACUGGUCAAACGUUUAGAAGUUUUUUAUUCUUUCUCACAGCUGCAUUUAUUUGAUUAAAAAUACAGUAAAACAGUGAAAUAUUACAACAAUUCAAUCUGUUUUCUGUUAUAAAAUAUUUUUAGUGCAAUUUACUGAUCAAAUGAUCAUUUUCAGCAUCAUUGCUCCAGUCUUCAGCGUCACAUGAUCCCUCAGAAACGGCCUAAUAUGAGGAUUUGCUCAUCAAAAACUUUUUUAUUUUCAUUCUUGUCAAUGUUUUUGGUGGUUUUUAUUAAAAAAUGCAUUUUCCAAAAACAACACACUGCCAUUCAAAAUGUAAGAUACCAUUUUUUUUUAAAGAUUUUAU